AUGAACAUUGUUUUAAAUUACAUGAUAUCAAAAUGGACAAUAUAAAACUGUUUUUGUCACUCGUUUGAUAUAAGAUUUCUGUCACUGUGAACUCUGACAUUAACUUUUUUGCAUCUAUAACGUAUAUAUUAAAAAUAACCUAACCUAACGUAAUAAUAUAAUUAGAACAAUUUGCUUUGCGAUAUAAAAUAUUUUUUUGAAUCUAAAUUAAUUUAAAAGUCAUUUCGAUAAUUUAAAGGAUUUUAAAGACUUUAAAAGAUAAGUGACAAGAUUUAUGACUGCCAUGGCGAGGAUCACUAGGAAAGCUCUAGAUAUUGCAUUAGUUUCUCUGAGAACAGUUACACCAGUCGUUUCGAAGUGGUGGAUGAAUGCGAAAAUCAGCAACAAGCAAAGCACUGAAACCAGCCCUGGGUAUUGCAUGGCAAUAUGCAAAAACUGAAGUUGUACCACCAUUGACAGUUAAUUUCUUUAACGGACCUUCAGGAAAGAAACUCGAAGAAGUUGCAAGUAAACUCGCUGACAGUGUAAUAAGAAAUAUAGAUAAUGUAAUAAAGGAUAUCGAGGCAGAAAAGGCAAGAGAAAUAAAACGUAAAAUAGCCGAAGCUAAGGCUGCUCAGGAAAAAAUGAAGGCGGAAGCUGAGAGAAAAGCUGAAGAAGCUAGAAAAAAAGAGGAGGAAAAGUUAGCUAAAGAAGCUAAAGCUAAGCAAAAUGAAGCAGCUAAGAAGGUUGAAAUUGAAAAGCCAGCAACCAAACCGGAACCUAAACCUAAACCAGCGAGGAAACCCAAAAAAAGGUCGCCUAAAAAAUCCAAAUAGGUCUUAAACUCUUAAAACUUUUGUUACGAUUAAGUAAACGUUUGUGUUUGGUUUUAUUUAUUUUUAUUUAUAUUAUCUUGAUAGAAAAAAAAAACAACUUCUAAUAGAAAAUGUAUUAAGACAGUUUUUAAAAUCUUCAACACACAGUUAUCUCAAUUUACUUACACAUCUUUAAAUGGUCUUGUCCAAUUGAACGUUUUAUUUGCCUGCUUUCUUGUCUGCUAUAACCUAAUGUAAAAUUUUAGCAUGAAGGUGUAAAAAUAAUUAUACACGACUUUUAAUUAUGUACUUACUUUUGAAAUAAAUUUAUAUAGGUAUUCGUACAAGUUAUUGGCAAAAAAAGAUAUCAAAAGUAAUGAAAUUUCUAUGUGAUCAUCGACUCUAAUAUAUUCGUCGAGACUUUCUCAGAGACUUUUGUCUAACCUAUAAAAGCAUCUUACAUAUAUAUGUAUUCUAAACAAUCUUUAGAAUUUUACAAAAAAAAAUUAAUUUAAAAUAAAACGCUCUAAAAAGUAAUUAGUUUCUUCAUCGUUAGUAAUUAAACGAACUCGGACUGUUUCGGCACUCUCAGUUUUCCUCCAAUUUCAUGUAAAUCUCUAUGCAUAAAUUAUUGAAAUAAUAGUUUGUAUAAACAAGAUAUGUCCGAUUCUAAACAAAAAAUUGGAUUAAAAAAAAAUUGAGAAUAAUAAGAAGUAUUAGCACAUUCAUACC